UAUAAAAGAGAGAAAAAAACAAAUAUCUACUAUUGUUUCAAUAUUGGCGGCUUGGAAAUAUACUGAAAAACUAAAAUGUCAUCGACAGCAAAAGAAAGCAAUAACAAGUCCAAUGUCCAACCCGCACCACCAGACUGCUCCGGUGAUCGUAGUGGCAGUGCCCUUUCCGGUACAAAGCCAUCUGAACCAGCUCCUGCAACUCUCAUGCCUCCUAUCAUCAUCACCCCACAACCUUCCAGUCUACUACGUUUGCUCUUCCAACCAUGUCCAACAAGCCAAGCUCCGCUGUUCCGAUCCACUUCUCCUCUCCACCAUCCAAUUCCAUGACCUCCACAUUCCUCCCUUUCCUUCUCCCUCCCCCAUCCCUGGCACGGAUACUGAUUUCCCUACCCAUAUGCAUCCCUUGUUUGAAGCCUCACUAACCCUGCGCGAACCCUUUGCAGCAUUCUUCCAAACUCUUCAUUCUCAAACCAAGAAGAAGAUUAUUGUAAUCCAUGACAGUCUAAUGUCAUAUGUUGUUCACGAUGCUGCUUCUUUCCCAAAUGUCGAACUCUACGCUCUGCGCACUACUUCUGCCUUCAAUGCCUUCUUCUGGAAAAUGGGAGAGAUCCCAAUUCCUAGAGAAAUUCAAAUCCCACCCAAUCUUCCUUCCAAGGAAGGCAGUUAUACAUACGAGUUCGAGAAAUUCUUAGCCUUCAAAAAUGAGUUCUUGAAACUCCGAUCCGGCGAUCUCCGCAACUCAUGCAGAGUGAUUGAAGGUGAUUAUCUCGAUCUUCUAGCUCAGAAUAAUGGGAACAGAAAUCAGUGGGCUGUUGGACCAUUGAACAGACUAGUAAGGAUUAACAAGCAAAGCAAGUUGAAUGGAAAAGAAAAGUGCAUAGAUUGGCUUGAUAAGCAACCAACAAAGUCAGUCAUGUACAUCUCCUUCGGCACCACAAGUUCCAUGGUAGACGAACAGGUUAAGGAACUCGCAAUAGGAUUAGAAGAAAGCAAGAUUAGAUUCAUAUGGGUAUUAAGAAAUGCAGACAGAGGAGAUAUUUUUGCAGAAGAAGAACAGAUCAG